CAGCCCCGCACACCCACGGGGUGGAGGAGAAGGGGGCCAGCAGGCUGCAGGAAUUCAGCCUGGGGGGCUGGGGCUGCCACCGAGGGGAAUUUCCCCUCUCUGAGCCCGAUCCCUCCACCUACCCUUUCACUGUGCUGCUUAAAGGAAUCACAGUGUUUUUCCUUUGACUCCAUGGGAGCCAGACUCGGACGCUCUGUGGAGGCUUUGAAACUUUCCUGCCCACUUCCUUCCUAGCUGGCAGCCUUCCUCUGGCUGCCUGAGUGGGGGCCUCCCAGGCAUGGCACUGACCAGCCGACCCAGUGCUGACUUGGCUCCCGGGCUCAAUCAGCCUCUGGUGGCAUCUAGCUUUCCCCCUGCUGGGGUGCGGCGGUGGUGAGUGGGGAGCCCAGCCCUGCGCAAGCUUGGAGAGUGCCACUGGCACCCCCAUCGCCCUCUUCCCCCAAGCUGGAGGACAGUCAGGUUGUCGGGGGCUAUGAUGAGAUGAGUGGGGGCCGCUUCGACUUUGACGAUGGCGGGGCAUACUGCGGCGGCUGGGAGAAUGGGAAGGCCCACGGGCACGGGCUGUGCACCGGCCCCAAGGGCCAGGGCGAAUACUCCGGCUCCUGGAACUUCGGCUUUGAAGUGGCGGGCGUCUACACCUGGCCCAGCGGGAACACCUUCGAGGGAUACUGGAGCCAGGGCAAACGGCACGGGCUGGGCAUAGAGACAAAGGGACGAUGGCUCUACAAGGGCGAGUGGACACACGGCUUUAAGGGACGCUAUGGAACCCGGCAGAGCAGCAGCAGCGGUGCCAAGUACGAGGGCACUUGGAACAAUGGCCUGCAGGAUGGCUACGGCACCGAGACGUAUGCAGAUGGAGGGACUUACCAAGGCCAGUUCACCAACGGCAUGCGCCACGGCUACGGUGUACGCCAGAGUGUGCCCUACGGGAUGGCCGUGGUGGUGCGCUCACCGCUGCGCACGUCGCUCUCGUCCCUGCGGAGCGAGCACAGCAACGGCACGCUGGCCCCAGACUCGCCCACCUCGCCAGCCUCGGACGGCCCGCCGCUGCCCUCGCCUGCCAUCCCGCGCGGCGGCUUCGCGCUCAGCCUGCUGGCCAACGCCGAGGUGGCCGCGCGGGCGUCCAAGGGCGGCGGCCUGUUCCAGCGGGGCGCGCUGCUGGGCAAGCUGCGGCGGGCCGAGUCCCGCACGUCCCUGGGCAGCCAGCGCAGCCGCGUCAGCUUCCUCAAGAGCGACCUCAGCUCGGGCGCCAGCGACGCCGCUUCCACCGCCAGCCUGGGCGAGGGCGCGGAGGGCGCCGACGAGGCCGCGCCCUUCGAAGCUGACAUCGAUGCCACCACCACGGAGACCUACAUGGGCGAGUGGAAGAACGACAAGCGCUCGGGCUUCGGCGUCAGCGAGCGCUCCAGCGGCCUCCGGUACGAGGGCGAGUGGCUGGACAACCUGCGCCACGGCUACGGCUGCACCACACUGCCCGACGGCCGCCGCGAGGAGGGCAAGUACCGCCACAACGUGCUGGUCAAAGGUACCAAGCGCCGCGUGCUGCCACUCAAGAGCAACAAGGUCCGACAGAAGGUGGAGCACAGUAUGGAGGGCGCCCAGCGCGCCGCCGCCAUAGCGCGCCAGAAGGCCGAGAUCGCCGCCUCCAGGACAAGCCAUGCCAAGGCCAAAGCUGAGGCUGCAGAACAGGCCGCCCUGGCUGCCAACCAAGAGUCCAACAUUGCCCGCAGUUUGGCCCGGGAGCUGGCUCCAGACUUCUACCAGCCAGGUCCGGAGUAUCAGAAGCGCCGACUGCUCCAGGAGAUCCUAGAGAACUCGGAGAGUCUGCUGGAGCCCCCAGACCGGGUCCCCGGUGCCGCUGGCCUCCCGGAGCGGCCCCGCGAGAGCCCGCAGCUGCACGAGCGCGAGACCCCUCGGCCCGACGGGGGCCCCCCUUCGCCGGCCGGAACUCCCCCGCAGCCCAAGCGGCCCCGUCCGGGGGCGACCAAGGACGGCCUGCUGAGCCCAGGCUCCUGGAACGGCGAGUCCGGCACCGAGGGCAGCCGGCCGGUCACGCCGUCCGGUGGCCGCCGCAGCCCAGCGCGCCCGGCCACCGAGCACAUGGCCAUCGAGGCGCUGCAGGCGCCACCCGCGUCCCCGCGGGAGCCGGAAGUGGCGCUGUACCAGGGGUACCACAGCUACGCGGUGCGCACGGUCCCCUCCACGCCGCCGCCCGUAGAGGAAGAGCCCUCGCCCGAGGCCUGCGAGUCUGACUCCGCGCCCCCGAGCCCGGCCACAGCCCCAGUGGAGGUCCCCGCGCUUCGGACCCCGGAGCCCGCGCCCGAGACCCCCGCCAAGCUGGAGCCCAAGCCCAUCGUCCCCAAAGCCGAGCCCAAGGCCAAGGCCCGCAAGACUGAGGCCCGAGGGCUGACCAAGGCCGGGGCCAAGAAGAAGUCUCGCAAAGAGGCAGCGCUGGUGGCCGAGGCCGAGGUGGAGGUGGAGGAGGUCCCCAACACCGUCCUCAUCUGCAUGGUGAUCCUGCUUAACAUUGGCCUGGCUAUCCUCUUCGUCCACCUCCUCACCUGACCCUCAUCUACAGAGCCAGGAGUUCCCGCUGAGGACGCGAAGACCCACCUUUCUGCAGUGCCGGGCAGGGCGGCCAAGGAGGCCUGGACUCUGCACCUGGAGCCCUGGGUCCCAGCUCACACCCACACUGCGAACAUUGAAGAGGCUUCCCGUGGUGCCCGUGCUGGGCAGUGGAGGUGCCCAGAGGGAUCGAAUGUGCUGGAAACCCUCCUGGAGCUCCGCCCAGGGGCAGGGAAAGCCCUAAUCUGCGCCUGUCCCUCAUCGUCAUCCACUCCUUCACCUUGUCCCUAGGUCACUCCCUCCCUGGGCUUUUGUGUGUUUUGGGAGAAGCCACCAAACCAGAAUAUUAAUUAAAUCUCAGCCCCUUUCCUGCUUCCCUCACCCGCUUUAUUUUAACCUCUGGCUGCUGGGCCGACAGAUCCCUGCAGGGAGCCAGCAGCGAGGGAGAUGCCCUCAGGCAGUGCAAAGUCCCUUCCUGUCACUGUUUUGAGCCAGCACACACACUGUCCCCUGCUUACAGGUGUUCUGGAUGGCAGUAGAGGAAACAGGCGUGCUCGAUUUGCAUCUACCAGGAUGCAGCGCUCCUGUCUCCUCCCAUCUGUCCCACUAGCUCCCCUUCUGGACCAAGAGAAGAGGAGGAGAUGGGAGGGACUGGAGCCUUUGGCCGGGAAGCCACUGACCAGGUGGCCAGGGGCCGGGGGUGUGAAGAAGAGCUAAGCGGAGUUAGGACGGCCCCUGCGUUUGCGUGUGCCCGAGCCUGGGCUGGCAUUGCGUUUAGGGCUUUCAGGGCGCGCAGGGUGCUGAGGGGUCACCGUGCCGGAGCCCUGGGGCUGGCGAGAUAAAGCUGCUGCCACACCCUGCGGAUUGGUGUGGCUGCUCCCCCCACCAGGGCCCGCCGCAGGCUCAGGGGACAUUGAGCAUGGAAGCCUUUGGAUGACCAGGCAGAUUUCCCCAGGGCAGACAGGCAGGUCCAGGAGACAGGCUGCUUAUCGACCAGCAUUUCCCAGGGCGAGAGGCGCAAGUCCAGGGCUCCCGCCUGGUACGGUCUGUGUGAUAAUAAGCCCCUCCUCGGCUUGCGUGGCAGAAGAGGUUUGCAUGUAGCUCAUUACAGAAGUUUGGUACCACACUGGGUCUCUGGGCCCUCGUGCUGGCUGGGGGUGGGUAGAAGCUGAGGGCUCGUGGCCCCCUGCCCCUGGGAGCAUGGAGAGAACGUCCCGGGCCCCUCCAGGCUGGGGAGGGACUCCAUGAUGACAUCCAGACAGAGCCGGAGGGGCUGCUGCUCUCCUACCUUUGUUUCCAUGGCCCUGGAGCGCUUGGAGUUGUGACCUGGCCUCCCCAGGCCAGUUCUGCCCCCGGAAGUUCGCUUCUGACAGGGUCCGCUUUCCCUGCCCCCUGAAUACUUGGGUCCAGCUUCACACUUGCUCUUUCAAGCCCUGCUGGGGCCGUACGGACUGUGUUUCUGCAGAGAAGCC